AUGUGCUUGUUGGCUAUUGGGAUCGCUGUCUACUACAAUGUGCUGAUUGCUUGGGCUUCACUCUACAUUUUUAAUGUUUUCAAGAUCCCCAUCAAUGACAAUACGUACGUGUGGACUUGUGCGACAAUUCCUGGAACAAUAACAAGACAUGUGUAUCGACUUAUCAGAACAAAGAAUGCCAAGAGAAGUACAACAUGUCGUACUCUUUCCAAGGACAAUCCGGCCUCACCAGCAUGGUCAAUACCACGUCGGCUACCGAAGAAUAUUUCAACCGCUUCAUCCUCAACAAAAGCGGUUCAAUUACGGACUUUGAAUCCUACAAUUGAAAUGUAUUCG